AUGGGGUUUACCAUUGAAUCGCAGGGGGAGACCGGCACACUGAGUGCGCAUGAUGUGCUCAAUACACUAGUUCUUGCAGCAAGCUCGGAUCAACAGCAGGUUCGGGCUGGUACUGUGCAGCUUCAAACCUGGGAGAAGCAGGGCAUGUACCACUCGUUUCUACAGGAUGUUUUUCUUGACCAUUCCGUCCCAGUUGAAGUCCGUUAUCUUGCAAUCAUCCAGCUGAAAAACGGCAUCGACAAAUAUUGGCGCAAAACGGCCCAACAUGCCAUCAAGCAGGAAGAGAAACACCACAUAAAGACCAGAGCUUUAGAGGCAGGAAUCGUUGAGCCUGCCCCGCUUUUGGCUCUCCAUAACUCAUUGAUGAUUGCUAAAAUUAUGCGAUUCGAGUUUCCCCAGGACUGGCCCGAUGCUAUCACAAAUAUCAUAUCAUACCUUCGAUCGUCCACCCAGCCUGGCGCGAAUCCCAUUCAACUUCCCCGCGCCCUCCUCAUUCUGUUGCAAAUCAUCAAGGAGUUGUCGACAGCUCGAAUUCAGCGAACUCGGCACAAUCUUCAGUCCGUGUCGCCCGAGAUCUUCCAGCUGUUAGGGGCAAUAUAUGUGGAGAAAAUCAACCAAUGGGGUGCGAUAUUGGAGCAAGGUGGUGCCGAUGGAGAGGAAUUGCUGCACACACUGGAACUGAGCUUGGUGUCGCUCAAAGUCCUUCGCCGUUUGAUCAUUGCGGGCUUUGAACACCCGAGUCGCAGCCAGGAGGUGCAGAGCUUCUGGGUGCUGAGCCAUUCGCAUUUCAGCAAAUUCUUGUCCUUGCUCGAUGACUCCAACAAUCUGCCCGAGCCAGUCCACAAAGCUAUCGAAAAACAUCUGCUACAGAUGUCUAAAUUGCAUGUUGAUAUGGCCAAGACUCACCCUGCGUCUUUUGCGUUGCUGCCCAAUAGUAUUCCGCUCGUCCAAUCGUAUUGGUCAUUAGUUGUCAAGCUCGGGGAGAAGUAUGGCAGCCUCGGUGCCGGCAGCGAAGACGAAAAGUCUUUGAUUGAAAAGACUGGGCUGCGAGCUUUGCUUUUGAUUCGGGCAUGCGCCAAAAUGGCUUUCAACCCCGCUCAAACUUUCAAAUACCAGACCGCGGAAGAUAAGGACGAGCGCAAACAAUCCGUGGAACUUAUUAAGUCGCAACUCUUUACACAUGACUUUGUUGUCCAUGUGAUGGAACUUCUCGUAACCCAAUUCUUCCGGUUCCGCGCAAUCGACUUUAAAGAGUGGGAAGAGGAGCCAGAGGAGUGGGAAAAGCGAGAGGAAGAAAACGCUGAUGCUUGGGAGUUCUCUAUCCGUUCUUGCUCGGAAAGGCUCUUCCUCGAUCUCGUCAUUCAUUUCAAGGAUCUUCUUAUUCCUCGAUUGCUGACCGUAUUCUAUUCUUUUGCAAACACCGACAACCACGAAGUGGCGUUGAAAGACUCGCUGUACUCCGCCAUCGGCUUAGCCGCGGCUAGCCUUGAACAGCACCUUGAUUUCAAUUCCUUCCUGGAGCAGACCAUGGUCCCCGAAGUGCAAUCGCAACAGCAGGAGUACAGACUCUUGAGAAGACGGAUUGCGCUUGUGCUGGGCCAGUGGGUACCAGUCAAGCCAGGUGAACUGAACAUGAAUGCAGUCUACCAAAUUUUCCAGCACCUGCUCAACAAGAACGAUCCUCUGAAUGACCUGGUCGUGCGCAUCACGGCAGGACGCCAGCUCCGGAACGUCCUCGAUCCGUACCUGUUUGCGCCCGAGGUCUUUUUGCCAUUUGCACCUGGCAUCCUCGGAAAUCUUAUGUCUCUUGUUCAAGAAACCGAAAGCCCCGAAACCAAAAUGGGACUCUUGGAAACAGUUCGUACCGUGGUGGUCAAGCUCGAAGACCAUAUUGCUCCUUUCUCGGACCAGAUUAUUUCCCUGCUUCCGCCGCUGUGGGAAAGCUCAGGAGAUGAACACCUGAUGAAGCAGGCCAUUCUCACUCUAUUGUCUUCCCUGAUUGGGUCGCUGAAGAAGGAGUCUGUGAGAUAUCAUUCUCUUAUUCUUCCACUCAUCCAAAGUUCGGUGGAGCCCGGCUCGGAAACCAUCGUCUAUCUUCUCGACGAGGCUUUGGAUCUCUGGCACGCGAUUGUUCAGGCUACACCCUCUCCUGCCUCGCCGGACAUCAUCUCCCUGCUGCCUUCUCUAUUCCCCAUUCUUGAGGCCGCAACAGAUAACACACCGCAGGCUCUUCAUAUCCUUGAAUCCUAUGUCUAUCUUGCGCCUCACGAUAUCCUCAGCGAUCGCUUCCGCUUCCAGCUGCUGACGAUUUUGGAAACUCUUCUCAAGUCCACAACCAAGCAACGCCUUGGUGUAAUCCCUCGCGUUGUCGAGCUAAUCAUCCGUGGCGCUGGGACUGUUGAUGGUGGCAGUGAAGAAACUUAUCGUAUCGUCUGUCAAACCCUGGUAGAAAGCUCAUUCCUUGCGUCCCUACUCGAGGGACUCUAUUCGGCUCAUGAAGCUAGUCAAACUUCCGGGCCAAACAGAAAAACCUCAGCUGUGGUCGGUGUCGUUGAAACCGACUACUUCUCCGUUCUCGCACGUCUUGCGAUGGCAACUCCUACCAUCUUUGCUUCGUCGGUUGCCGCCGCGACCAAUUCAUCGGCAGAACAGUCUCUCACAUGGAUUCUUACUGAAUGGUUCUCCCACUAUGACAACAUUGGCAGCGUCAGCCAAAAGAAACUCCACGCGCUCGCCCUUACCCAACUUCUGGCGCUGCAAGACGAGCCCCUCGAACCUUCUCUCCCCCCACCACCCCCCGCAUACAUUCUUUCCCACCUGCAAUCUUAUCUCAGCAUGUGGACCGACCUCAUCACCGAGCUAGCAGACGGCGGUGUCGACGGCAAUUCCGACUACCUCGUCUGCUGGAACGCACCGGCCGGUUCCGAAUUUGCCCAGCCAGAAAUCAAUCAGGAAGCCGAUUCGCCUGAAACCAUUCGUCGCAGCGAGUGGCAGUCUGGAGACGUUAUUCAUCGCUUUGUGAUCAGCGACUUCGUUCGCCACCGCAUGCAGGAGGUUAUCUCUGGCUGCGGUGGAGCUCAGCGGUUCCAGGAUGAGUGGUUGGUCAAUAUUGAUGCGGAGGUGGUUUCUGCAUUUGGAGCUCUUGGACUGCUCUAA